GAUAUUUCAGGCUAGUUUUGAUGAAUUUGACUCGGCGCCAGCUGACCCACUUCGGGUCGAACUUUUAACUGUGGAGGUAUGCAUGCUGCCUGCACGCCAACAAACUCAACCUUCAUAGAUAAUAUGACCAGUGGCGAAAAGCAUGAUAUCAAAAUGAGGAACUUUAGUUUGCGCUGCUCUGCGCUGCUUUCUAUAUUAGCGGCGGGCGCGUUGCUUAUGCCUGUGUCAGCCCAAUACCAACUGCGCCUGACCGACGACUAUACACCUGCGAACGCCGUUAAGUAUGAGGGCCGAGUGGAGGUUGUCUCGCCGCUAGGCUCGAUUUGCAGUUUCGGCGAGUUUGAUGACAAAGAUGCUGCGGUGAUCUGCCGACAGCUCGGCCUGCCAACGGCGAGAGCCAGGGCGCUGUACCAGGCCUACAAGUUCAUGUCGGGCCCCUGGAACGACCCCCAGGCCAGCCCGCCCGAGGUCUUGAGCCUGGUCUCGGCGGGCGCUCCGCCGAUCGUGCUGACAAACCUCAGGUGCAAGGGCGAUGAGACGAACAUCGGCAGUUGUCUGUCCGACACCUCCACUUUGGCGCUGUCGGCCUGCUCCCGCGGCCAGGCGGCCGGCGUCCAGUGUUUUGAAGAGGACUACACAGUGCGCCUCAUGACAAACUCUGUCAACCCCGCCAACGCGACCGCCGUGGCGGCGCUGACCGAGGGGCGCGUGGAGGUGUGGCUCGGCGAGGGGUGGGGACUAGUCGGGGCGACCAAUUUCGGUCCCGACACGGCACGUGUUGUCUGUGCCCAGUUGGGCCUGCCCGUGAGCGGCGCCACGGUGGUGCCCAAUGGAGCCGCGGCAUACGGCGCCCCAGCGUCCAACACGGCUGUUGUCCUUGACGGGCUGGCGUGCAGCGGCAAAGAGGAGAACAUCGGUUUCUGCAGUCCGCCCAGCAACACGCCACCCAGGGGCACGGCCUUCGCCGCCGUGGCGUGCAGGCAGGCCGACUUUUCUGUGCGGCUCUCGGGUGGUGGGCACCCCUCAGAGGGGCGCCUAGAGGUCUACAACCGAGGACAGUGGGGCACGGUGUGCCUUGGUGGCUUCGACCGGUCUGCACUGUUCACUGUGUGCGUCCAGGCGGGCUGGCGUACCUCGGAUGCACGAAGGCCAUCCUUCACCGCCUUCAACGCCAGUCGCCUGCCUGCCGACCCACGCCCUGGCACCGGCGCCAAUGCACUGACGUCUCUGCGCUGGUGCCCUGACGACGCCGAGAGCAUCACGCAGUGCGGGGAGUACAAGUAUGAUGCGGCCGCCACCUGCCCGGCCGGGCUGGACGUGGUGGUCCGGUGCUACGAGUCACCGCCGCUGUCGCUGAACGUCCGGCCCACGUCGCUGUGCACCGACCCAUGGACCACCUCCGCCACCAUCUCGCCCCGCCCCGGCCGCACCACCAUGCUGGUGGGCGAGUUCGAUGGCGCCAGCGGCGGAGCGCGCGGCCAGGACGUGUUGCUGGCCAGCUACGCAAAUGACGGCACCCUGGUUGGCCACGUGGCCUAUUCGCGGCCCUGGGGCAGCUCCUUCAUCGCAGAGGCAGACAUUAACCUGGGCCCCACGCCUGAACCAAGGGCUCUUGUGUUGGCAGACCUCAACGGUGACGGACUCGAUGACGUGGUCGCCAUCACUAGUGAGCUUGUUUCGGUGGCGACAGCGACCAGCUCGCGGAGCUUCACCCCCCUCACCGUGUGGCUGGACCUGUCCACCACCUCGGACAGCAUCGAUACCUCCAACACCACCACCCGCGCUUACAUCCUGACGGACGUGACGGGCGACGCGGCCGCGGACCUGGUGUUCUUCGACCGGCCCACUCUGCGCCUGGCCUUCUUCCCCAGCAACCGCAUCAGCCAGCUGAUGGACGACACGGACGGCGAGGGCAUCACGUGGUUUGAGCUGAGCACCAUCUCGGCCCGCUGCAAAUCGCUGGGCGAGGACUGCUUCCUGCUGGCGGCCGACGUCAACGGAGACAGCCUCAACGACGCAGUGCUGGUCUACCUCGAUCGUGUCACGGCCGACCAAGAGGUGUACAUGACGUUUGUGGCCGCCUCGCCGCCCGCGCCCCUCACCUGGCACAUGGCCGCGCCCGCCUUCUUCCCGCGCGGCGCCUGCACCUCGCCCUGGGCGGUGGUGAUGGGGCAGUUCGUGGGGCCGGACGGCUCCAUCGACAACGUCAACGCCGGCAGCUCCGUGCCCCAGGUGGCCUGCAUCAGCAGCUUCGACGCGCGCAUCUACGUCGCGGGCCUGGGGUCCUGGGGCGUGGUGCCGGGCCCUCCCACCCGUGUACACGCCCGUGACGUGGACCUGGACGGGCGCGAUGACCUGGUGCUGUUCACCGAGGCCGGCUCCUACUACCUGCUCAGCACCGGCUCGGCCUUCGAGCCGCCCGUGUCCACGGCGCGAUUCGGCGACGGCUACACCGCCAGCGUGCCCACCAGCGGCGACCGCUCGCUGGGCGAGACCGACCAGACCGCGUCGACCAUCAUUGCCUCCAGUCAGCCGGUGGGCGAUGCGCCCGUGGAGCAGCGCUGCGGCGCGCCCGACCGCGUCAUCGCCUACUUCUCCAACCGGCGCCCCGACCGCUCGGCCGCCUGCACCGCCGCCGCUUCCGCGGACCCGUCCGUGUCCCCCAGCGCGCUGACCCGCGCCGCCUCCUCCGCCACCCACGUGAUCUUCUCGCGCCUGCUGCCGGACGCGGACGCACUGGACGUGGCGCUGGCUAACGACCGGGACGGGCCCGUGCUCGCCAACCUGGCCGGCAACCUGCACUCGGCCAGCCCCGGCACCAAGGUGCUGGUGUCGGUGGGCGGCCCCGGCGCCGGCUCCGACGCGCUGUCGCGCCUGGUGCUCAACGCGCAGUCGGUGGGCCGCUUCGCCAACGCCAGCGCCGACUACCUGCAGCGCCAGGGGCUGGACGGAAUGGAGCUCAGCUGGCCCGAGCUGCGGGCGGAGCAGGUCCCCGCCUUCCUGUCGCUGGUGUGGGCGCUGUCGCACGAGGUGCGCGCCCGGCGCGGGCUGCUGCUGGGCCUGGCGGUGCCGCCGCGGGCCGUGUACCUGGACCUGCCCUGGGCGGGCCUGGGCGCCGGGCUGGACCUCAUCAACUUCCACGCCUUUGACCUGGAGGGCGACGAGGUGCUGGGCGCGGCGCCGUACGUGGAGACGCCGCUGUUCAGCUGCCUGGAGGCCACCGGGCUGUCCGUCAACACGAUGGUGGACACGAUGCUUGCCUCCGGCGCGCCUCCCCAGAAGGUGACUCUGGUGGCGUCGGCCCUGGGCCGCAGCUUCGUGCUGGACGCGGACGGCUGGGUGGGCGGCCCCGGCAGCGCCGGCCCCUGCCUGGGGUCCGAGGGCCUGCUGGACCAGGCGGAGCUGCGGCUGCUGGUGCCGCCGGGCGGCGCGCAGCUGGACACCGAGGCAUUCGCAAACACAGCGCCCUUCGCAGGCAACCAGUGGACUCACUUCGACGACCCGUUCACCAUUGCCAACAAGGUGUGCUUUGCGCGCUACCACUGCUUCGGCGGCAUCGGGCUGUGGGACGCCGACGCCGACUCGUUUGGGGCGCUGCUGGGCGCCGCCGCGUCCACCGUCAACGGCGACCCAGCGCUGUGCAGCGAGUACGAGACGCCCGAGUGCACAAACACGGUGUCGUCGUACGGCACCACAGACCUGGGUCAGCCCGAGCUGGUGGGCAGUGUGGGCGACGCCGAGUACAGCCUGUUCCAGGUCCGCAAGAGCUGGUCGGACGCUCGCUCGCACUGCAAGGCUCUGGGCGGCGACCUGGCUGCAGUGACCAGCCGCAGCGAGGCGGGCGUGCUGUACAGCCUGCUGAGCAACUGGGCGGGCAGCGGGCAGCUGGGGGAGGCGGACGUGUACAGCGGCCGCGACGUGUUCGUGUGGCUGGGUGGCAGCGACGCGGUGCAGGAGGGCCGCUUUCGCUGGGUCAACACCAGCGCCGACCUGACCUACACGGCUUGGGCGUCAGGCCAGCCGGAUGGAAGGUACGGUGGCGAGGACUGCAUGGCAGCGGCCAUCCGGCUGGGCGGCAGCAGCGGCGGCGGUCUGCGCAUCGUGGUCAGCCAGGAGGCGCAGUGGUACGACAUGGGCUGUACCGCAGCGCUGCCCUUCGUGUGCCAGCGCUCCCGCGCUGGCGGCAUGGGCGUUGCCGGCGUCAAGCUGGUUCCGUACCUGACCACCAGCCUGCUGGUGUUCCCGCCGCUGAACCGGGGCGAGCCGGGGCUGCAGCUGACCAUGGCGCAGGGCCAGAAGCUGUGCCGCACCUACGGCGCCGAGCUGCCCAGCCUCACCGACUACUGGACGCGCUCGGACAUGACGUCGCCCACGGGCUGGUCGCUGGACCUGCCGCCCUACAUGUGGCUGGGCCUGCGCAGCUACGGCGAGGGGCAGCUGUUCUGGAGCGACGGCUCGUUCUCCACGGACGGCGUGCUCAACGCCUGGGAGCCGGGCGAGUUCGGGGACGCCGCCUGCGCCAUCAUCGUGGGGCCGCAGGGCGUGGAGCUGGAGCUGGAGGUGGACUCGCUGUACAGCCGCUGGAACGCCACUGCCACCGGAGGCGCCGUGCGCAUCAGCCCGCCGCCACCACCGCCGCCGAACCCCUCGCCGCCGCCGCCGCCACCGCAGCCACCUCCCAGGCCCAGCAACUCCACGCCGAGUCCACCCUCCCCACCUAACCCAGCACCUAACUCAUCGCCACCGCCUAGUCCUCCGGGCACACCUCCGGACCCUCGUCAGCGGCUGCAGCUGAGCCAGGGCGUGUACUCGCUCAGCUGCCAGGAGCGCAUGCCCGUGGUGUGCCAGAAGAGCUCUCCGCCCGUGUCCCUGUCGCCCACCUUCCACUGCCUGACGCGCCCCAACGGCCUGGCCUUCAUGGUGCCCGGCGAGACGCUGGCGCCCGGCGGCAACGCGCUCACGCCCGUGGCCAGCGAGCUGGAGUGCGCCGUUGGGUGCAUGAUUGCGCCGCGCUGCGUCUACUACAUCUACCUGCCCGGCUGGCGCCCCGCCGGCUGGGUGCCGCCCAACAACCAGCCGCCGGAGGACUUCGCGCCAAACACCUGCUACCUGAUGGGUCGGCCCUGGGUCACGUCCUGGGCGCCCAAGAAGCUGUCCGAGGUGGUCACCGCCGCCGACCGCGUGUGCUUCCGCUCCAACUCCAUCUUCAGCGGCGACACCGCGCCCAUGUCCGACCCACUCGUGCUCGACCCGCCCACCGCCGCCGGGCCGCUGUUCGGCUACCCCGCGCCCUCGCCCACCGCCACCGCCCUUCCCUUCUCGCUGCUGUGCUCGCCCACCGCCGGCGCCCCGGUGCUGGCGUCAGUGAGCCUGACGGUUGCCAACACCAGCCGCAACACGCAGGACGUCGGGGUAGGGUGCACGGGCGCGGACGGCGGCGGCGCGGAGCAGCGGCUGUGGCUGUACCGCCCCGCUGCCGGCGGCGUGUACGAAGCGGAGGCGGACUGCGGGCUGAGCGGCGUGCAGGGCGUCAGCGGCGCCUUCGAUGCGGCCGGACUGUGCUGGCUCCAGCUGCAGUGCGGCAGUGGCGCGGUGCUGCCGGUGCUGGCGCCGGCCGAUGCCCGGCCCGGCUGCCCCAUGCCCCAGGCGGCCGGCAGCGGCGGCGGUGGCAACUUCCAGUACACCUGCCCACCCGGCAUGGUCGGCACGGGGCUGCAGGGCAGCGCCCUGUCCGCCCCCUCGCCCGCCACCAACUCCAUCGCCACGCUGCGGCUCAUGUGCGGCGCGCGCCCGCCUGCGCUGACGCCCCCGCCUCCUUCGCAGCCACCUCCCGCGCCGGCGCCCUCACCCCUGGCUGUCGGCCGCCGUCGCCUCCUGCACAGCGUCGCGGCUCCGGUGUCGGUUGUAAAGGACCCAUUCCUCGCGAUUGCGGAGAGUGGCGCACGCCGUCAUCUCAACCAGUUCUCUGUUUGUACGACCAGCGCGCUUGCUGGCAGGCGUUACACUACCGGUGGCUUCUCUUUCAAUCCGUCGCAACCCGGCGGUACUUCUGUCGCGGCCACCACUGCGAGCGCCUGCUGCAGUGCUUGCGCGGCUCAAGCCACACGUAUGUACGGCUACACCUUGAUAUCUACCUACAUAAAUCCAAUGUCACCCACGCUCUACGAGGUGGCGUGUUAUUGCUACUCAAAUGUGCCUUCUGGCGGCACGGUCGACGCCGCAACUACAGCAACGGCCGACGUGGUUUCCGGAUCGUUAACUUAUCGCUGUUCUGGUGGCGUGGUGCAAUGGCCCGCACCGCCGCCUCCACGACCUCCCCCACCGCCGUUGCCGCCUAAGCCCCCCCUGCCACCACCGCGCCCGCCGCCGAGCCCUGCGCCGCUUCCUCCGAGACCGCCUUUGCCGCCCUCGCCCCCAAGCCCCCGACCUUCGCCGCCCUCGCCUCCACCGCCGUCGCCUCCACGCCCGCCUUCGCCACCGCCGUCACCUCCUCCGCCGUCGCCGGCACCGCGGCCCCCGCCCGCUCCCAAGCCCCCAAAACCACCCGGGCCACGGCCGCCAUCGCCGCCAAGCCCGUCGCCCCCAUCGCCCUCGCCGCCGUCGCCGCAGCCACCACCAUCGCCUCCUGCGCCUUCACCUGGUGUGCCGCCCCCCUCUCCUAAGCCACCGGGCCCGCUUCCGCCGUCACCUCGGCCCCGACCACCCUCGCCGCCUUCACCUCCGCCGCGUCCGGCGCCGCCGCCGAGUCCUCCGCCUGCGCCACCGCCACCACCUGCGCCCCCGCCUCCAUCCCCACCACCGCCACAGCCCCCAUCUCCGCCGCCACCACCGCCGCCGCCUGGACCAAUCACAUCAGAUGCGCCCGCCUGCUCCGACUGCUCGCCCUGGUUUGGCGACUCCACCUCGGACUCGCCCUUCUACAGCAGCGGCACUGUGCAGCAGCAGCAGCAGCAGCGCGGCGCCGCCACCUGCCCGCCCGGCUUUGGCGUGUCGAGCCUGACCGCCUGGUUCCCGCCGGCGUCGCAGUACGGCACGCAGCCCAACGCCAGCCAGCCCUACUCCUCGCUGUCGGCCGCGUGCACGCCGCUGCUGCCCACCCCGGCCGGACAGGACCACACCGUGCGGGUGGGCGGCGGCUGGCUGCCGCCCAGCAACGUGACGUUCAGCCAGACGGCCCUCAAUGCGACCGCCUGCGACACGCUAGGCGGCAUCGCCUCAGUCGUGGGCGCCUUCACGCACUUCACGCCGCAGCGCCCCGGCUUCAUCACCGCCAUGUCCACAAGGUGCCGCCUGACCGCAACCCCGCUGGCGCAGCCGGCCCUGGGCUCGCCCUUUGUGGGCUGGAACUUCACCUGCCCGGCCGGCCUGGUGGUGGUGGAGGUGCUGUGGGCGCAGCAGACCUUGACGCGGCCCGGACUCGGCCCGCUGCCGCUGAUCACACGCGUGGCGUUCCGCUGCGGACUCAGCGCCGGGCUGCUGCCUUCACCGCCCGUGCCAUACGUAUCGGGCUUCACGGCCACCGAGUCCUCGGGCCUGGAGCCGCUGUCGCUGCUGUGCCCGCCGGGCGAGUACGUGACGCAGGUGUUUGGAAGGUACGACGUGCCCACCGCGCUCAGCGGCGUGGCGCUGUUCAUCCGCGACCUGGGCCUGGUGUGCAGCGGCGGAGCGGCCGUCACAAAGGACCUGGACACGGGCAUCGCCACCGUCAACAGCAGCUCUCUGGCCUUCACCACCGCCAGCUGCCCCGCCGGCAUCGCGGUGCUCACCGGCCGCGCCCUGCGCCACCCCUCGCCGCCCGCGCCCAGCGCGACUGGCACCCCCGGCCUGAUGCUGAGCCUGGACGCGCUGUGCUCCGACACCGCCGACCACACCUCGCGCCUCACCUACUCACCGCUGCUCAGCAAGGUCGGCGAGCCCUACUCGGAGCGCUGCCGUGAGCUGACGCUCCUGUCCGGCCUGAGCCUGCUGCGCUCGCGCUGGGUGGUGGGGGGCGUGACGACCGGCUACCUGCACGGGCCGCGGCUGGUGUGCAUGGACGUGCCCGAGCCCGAGGCGCGGCUGCCCCUGGCGGCCCAACUGCCCACGGUGGGCGGCGUCGUCAGCUCGCCCGCCACGCCCUUCCUGUACGAGUGCCCCGAGGGCUCCAAGGCCGUGUCGGCGCUGGCGCUCAUGGACGCCUCGGGAGAUGUGCUCUCUUUGCGCAUCGAGUGCGACAACGCGCCGCUGGCAUCUGGCGCACAGACCUCACUGCAAAGAAUUGCAGCUUCCGGCGUACCCAACACACCCAUCGUGUCCAACACGGUCAUCAACGUCACCGCCACCGGUGACUUGACACCGAUGAACGCCAUCAACACCACCGCCACCAACACCACCGGCACCGGCUCGAGCUCGGGCUCCACGCCGCCUCCCGACUCCGGCGUACUCCGCUACAUCAGCCCGGAGCUGAUCCCCUCGCCGCCGCAGGCGUCCUACCUGCUGCAGCGCAGCUGCCCCACCGGCAUCUCGGGCCUGAGCACCCGCGCCAGCCAGACGGACGUGGCGCAGCUGGGCACAGCGGUGGUGCCGGUGGCGCGCAUGGACCUGCCGGACGCGGCGCCGGCCGGCAGCACCGCGGCGCUGUACGACGUGCUGCUGGACUGGGGGCAGGCGGCGCUGUUCUGCAGGAACCAGGGAGGCAGCCUCAUCACCUUCACCAGCAACGUCCAGGUGGCCUCGGUGGCGCUGAUGAUCCAGGAGUGGGCGUUCGGCAGUGUUGUCGACGACGUGCUGGGCGUGUGGGUGGGUGCCGAGCGCACAGGCCCUGGCCUGUACGACUGGUCCUGGGUGAACGGCACCCUGUUCUCGGCCAGCUUCGUGCCUGCCUGGGGCGCCAACCAGCCCGACGACGCGGGCGGCGUGGAGGACUGCGCCGAGCUUGGCGUCAACGUGACCGAUGCUGCCGUGGACUGGAGGGACCGGGGCUGCACUGGGUUGGUGCGACGGCCGCUUUGCAUGCUCGUGCCCAAGUCGGCGCAGGCAGGCGUGAGCUCUAGCGACGCGGCGGUGCCGGUGGUGGCGCUGUCCUCCAACGACGGCGCCGACAUCAUCAGCCUCUACAAUGUGCAGCUGCCCUGGGACGCCGCAUCCACAUUCUGCCAACGCCGCGGCGGCGCGCUGGCGUCGUUCGAUGCGCAGUUGGAGAUCCGGCGCCUCAGCCUGGCGGUCAGCGCCUACAUGCAGCCCAUCGCCACGCAGCCCGGCCCCGUACAGGCCUGGACUGGACUGCGCGCCCGCCUGCCAAGCGCCGGCACGAUCAGCACCGCCCUGCGCGCGGCGGUGGCGGCGGUGCAGGUGGGGUCCCGCGAGUUCCUGUACGUGCAGCAGCAGCGCAUGAGCUUCGACCAGGCCAGCGCCUGGUGCCGCAACGAGGGCGGCGAGCUGGCGUCCAUAAGUGGCGAUGAGUAUGACGCCACCGUGUCGGUGGCCUUCGAGCCCGCCGUCAACACACUGCUGCUCGCACAGCAGCCCGUGCCGCCCGCCACCUUCACUGCCAACGCCUGGAUCGGCCUGUCGCGCGUCGGCGCUGGCGCCUGGACGUGGCUGGACAAGAGCCCCUACGUGGCGAGCCGCACCAUCAUCGAUGCCGCCAACACCAGCCUCUCGUGUGUGGCCCUGGUCACCACCUGCCUCAACACCACCGGCAGCACAACCUCUGCGCCCAUCAACUGCAGCAGCAGCUACGUGGCAGUCAGCUGCGCCAACGACAGCUACGGCUUCGUGUGCGCCCGACCCACGGACGCCGCAGCGAGCGCCAUCGUGAGCGGGCGCCACUUCCGGCUGUACCCGCAGCGCCUGGCCUGGCAGGACGCGGCGCAGGCCUGCACCGACCGGGGCGGGCUGCUGGGCACCUUCCGCACACAGGACGAGUACGCGCAGUUCACCGCUGCCGUGUCCAGGUCGCAGCCGCUGCUCAACGCUACGGGCCUGGCCUUCAUUAACGCCACUUUGGGCACCAAGGCCCCGGGGUUCAUGCAUGUGGGCCUCAGCAGGCGGUCAGAUGGCUCAUUCCUCUGGGUUGAUGACAAGCCUUCUCCUGCAAUUAACUGGGCUGCGAACCAGCCCAACGGCACGGCCCAGCAGCGCGAGGACUGCGCCGCCUUCUCCGUCAUGUGCAACAACUUCAGCGGCGGACUGUGGUCGAACUGCUCGCUACCCGAGCUUCAUGACUCGGAGUGCUCUCUGGCGGCGCCGUACGUGUGCUCCUUCGACUUCAUGUCGGCGUGGGGCUACAGCGAUGGCACCGCGCUGAUGUCGCAGCAGCCAGGAGGCAUGGGCCCCGUCACGCCAAUCAACUAUGCCUGGCAAAGCGACACUUGUGGCGACAUGCUGAAGAACACGCACUACGGCAACCUGCUGCCUGACCUCGCCGUGCUCACCAACGUUGCCAACGCCACCGCUUGCUGUCAAUCAUGCUCGGCGGUGGAUGGGUGUGCCUGGUACACGCAUGACUCCGCCGCGCGCACUUGCGCCUUGAAGCGGGACGAGGGGCCUGGCCGCCUUGUCAACAACACCCUCGCGCAGUACACGACCGGGCCCUCGGGGCGGCCGCGUGACCUCAUCCCCGGCCUGUUCGACCCCGCGGUUGCCCUGACCGACUGCGGCGCCCUCAGCUCGUCUCUGACGCAGAACGUGUCCGCGCCCGACUACCGCUUCAUGCCUGUGAACUGCGCCACGCCGCUGCCAGUGGUGUGCAAGCGGCCCGCCGGGCUGCUGGACCUGACGCAGCAGCCCACCGCCUCGGGCGGCGGCCCGGAGCUGCCGGAGGAGGAGCGGCUUGCGCUCAGCACCUACCUGACGCCGCUAGCCACCGGCUUCACCAGCGCGGGCACGGUGGAGCUGUCGCUGUACGACACGCUGAUGGACGCCUUCGCCGCGCAGCAGCUGUGCCGCGUGCUGGGCGGCACGCUGGCGGAGCUGAUCGACCUGGACGUGCAGGCCGCGGCGUUCCGUGUGGCGCAGGAGGCGCUGCUGCAGCAGCCGCGGCUGUUCGCCCCCCUGAGCUCCAUCACCUACCACAUCGGCCUAACCGACAUAACGGACGAAAACAGCUGGAGAUGGAUCAGCGUCGGCGGCAAGCUGCAACUGGAUUCGGCGUUGUGGGCGGCGGGCGAGCCGUCAAAUGUGGCCAGCCCCGUCUUCAGUUCAGACGCCAUUCCGCUGAGCGAUGAGGACUGCGCGGUGGCAACACAGUCGGGCAACACCAGCCAGUGGGUGGCCCGGCCGUGUCGCUUCCAGUUCACCCGCCCGAUGUGCCAGCGCCCCACAUCCGCCUCGGCCUACGGCGCGCAGCUGCGGUCCCUGGCGCCCGCCGCCCAGACGCUGCAGGGCACCGCCCACUUCCAGCUCUUCACCCGGCUCAUGGACUGGCCCGCUGCAGAGAUGCUAUGCCAGGCGCAAGGCGGCAACCUGGCCUGGUUUGACAGCCCCCUGCAGUUUGAGGCGGUCACCGCAAUGACGACCAGCUGGAUGCGACGCAACGAGCAGGCAUCAAAUUUUGGCACGUGGUUCGGCCUGAAUGAUCGGGUAACCGAGGAUGAUUUCCGCUAUUCUGCCAACCCACGCGUCCGCGUCAAUGCCAGUGCCUGGCAUCCAUGGGCCGCAGGCUCCAGAGGUCGAGACUUUGUAGAUCUGCCGGUGUCAGGCGCUACAAACUUUGGAUCGUGGUCGGCAACGGUCACGUGCCCCAACGGCACUGUCGUGCGCGGUUUCUCUGCUCGGGUGGACAAUCGCACAGCUGCUGUGUCCACAGCGACAGACCUGAUGGGCGUGAUGAAUAUGGAGUUUCAAUGCUACAACACGUCAACUGACAGCAUGGCCGCUCCACUGAGGCCUGUGGCCGACACCACGGCGACGACAAUUGGGACAUGGGGGCCUGUGGCCAAGUGCCCCGGCAACUCAUCCAAUUACGCAGUCGGGCUGCAGCUUCGAGCUGUUGCAAAGCAGGACUACUCAAUAUUUAAAUUGGUUCGAACAUCCGCCAACCGUACUACUCUCACCACAGCGACCGUCUACCGGGAUGACGUGGCCGUCACGUCGGCCCGGCUGCUGUGCCGUUACGGACAGACAGUAGAGGUCACAAACCCAUCAAGCUUGGGUAAUUGGAUGGCUGAGACCAGAUGUGAUGCUGGCUACAGUGUUUGCGGUAUACGGCUGCAAACCCAGAGCUUCAACACAUUUGCCACCGUAAGCAUGGCGAACUCCAGCGCCUCGGACAACACAAUGGUCAACGGCGCAUAUAUCCGGUGCUGUAGUGACGGGCCAAGCGUCAAUGAUUGCGCGGAGAUCAGGACCGAAAUUCGGGAUGGCAGCGCGACGACUGGUGUGGCGAGGUGGGCUGACCAACCAUGCACCACAACGCGGUCUCAGGUCAGCGUGAACCACGUGCUGUGCCGCCGCAACGUGGUGCCAUCAGCCUCCCAACUGCAGCGUGUUGCCCUGAUCACCUCCAACACGAGCGUGCUCAGCCGCGCCGAGGGCGCGACUGGUGACGGUGGCGUGGGGGGCGGCGGCGCCUCCUGGCGGCCCACGGCCGCCACGCCGCUCAUGCCGGCCAUUGCUCAGAGCGUUGCGCCCCAGGCCUCGGAGCGCUUCACCUACUAUGUGCUGGAGACAGAUGACGACGGUGGCAGCGGUGGAGGCGGCGGGGAUGACGAUGGCGACAGCGCGGCCACGUCUCUGUUCAGCACGUUGCAGUGUCGGGCACGGCGAAAGGAGUCCUGCCCAAGGGGGCGGCCUGCAAUCCCACGCCGGGUGCUGCGCACGGACGAGUUCCUGCUGUUCGAUGUGCCCAUGACCUGGUCCCUGGCCAAGUCCUUUUGUGCGGCUCACUCUGCGGAAUUGGCGCCCGUCAUGGACAGUAUGGAGCAGCAGUCAGCAUCCGACCUCGUUGCUAGCUGGGCCCGUGGCCGCGUGGGCCGCUCCGUUUCAUUUUGGUUUGGAGCCUCCAACACCGGCAACGGCGCGCCGUGGCGUUACACAACCGGCGAGCGUCUGCGAUGGAGCGCCUGGGGGCGUGAUUCCGUGGCCCCGAUCCGGCCGGCAUGUGGCGAGAUGCGCUUUGGGGUGGAGCUGGUGCCCGUCUCGCUGUCGUCGCUGCUAUCCGGCUCGCGGGUCUCGCAGUCGCUGCUGCGUGAGGUUCUCACAUCAAACACCACCAGCGGCAUCGCACAAAGCGGUACCUUCCAACUUCCUCGUGUCGGCCGGCGGAAACCUGGGUAAGUGUGUCCAUGACUCUGCGGGAGACGCGCUCUACACUGUUCCGGCAAGAAAUGAACUGGGACCAAGCGGAGAAAUUCUGCAGGCAGCGGGGCGGCCUGCUGGCGAGCGUGAACACGGCCUCUGAGGCCGAGGCGCUGCUGGCCAUGGUGCGCGAGUGGGCGCGCAACAGCCGCGUGGCGGGCGUCACCCGCCUGUGGCUGGGCUCCAAGCUCACCACCGGCAACCAGCGCGGGCCCGCAGAAAACCGUGUCCGUAACUGGCAAUGGCUCGACGGAACCUCGUUCGACUACGUUCGGGGGCGCAACGAUCGGCGGUUCAUCAACCCGCUGCUGACGGGCCCGACCUCCGAGGCGCGCUGCCUCACAUGGUCGGUGUCAGCUUCUCCAUCUGUUGCGGCCGUUGCCGCCAGCAACACAGCAGGGCCGGGGCAGCUGGAUGUGCGGCUGAUCCAGCGGCUUCUGGAUGCGGCCGACGCUGUGGACGAGUGGGAGGCCGUGUCAUGCAGAAGCCUAGCCCUGCCACUUUGCCAAGCAGACCUGCAGCCUUUCAUCUGCAAUAAGGGUGACGCAUUCACGCGCCCAGUGGACUCGGGCAUCGGCGCCGACCUGUACUGUCCGCCAGGGACUCUCCUUGCUGGCAUCAAUGGUCACGUGCCUGCAUCCACUGGCGGUGGGGUUUUGGAUCAGCGGCCGGUGUCCUUCGCAGGCGUGUGCCGCAACCCGCGCGCGCCCGCCAUUUUGGCCUCCCGGGGUAAGGAGGAAGUGCCGCUAUG